AUGUUCAAGGAAAACUACACAGAGGUGACUGAGUUUAUCCUUCUGGGACUGACAGAUCCAGCUGAGUUGCAGCCUGUCCUUUUUGUGGUCUUCCUAGUCAUCUACCUGAUCACAGUCUUCGGCAAUGUGAGCAUGAUUUUGUUAAUCAGAGCUGACUCAAAGCUUCAGACUCCAAUGUACUUCUUCCUCAGCCACCUCUCCUUUGUAGAUCUCUGUUCUGCCACCACUGUCACUCCUCAGAUGCUGGUUCAUUUCUUAUCUGAGAGAAAAACUAUUUCCCGCCUUGGUUGCUUUAUACAGUUUGACUUUUCCAUGUCCUUGGGGAUCACAGGUGGCUAUAUUCUCACAGUGAUGGCCUAUGACCGCUACCUGGCCAUUGGCAAACCCCUGUUAUAUGGCAGCAAAAUGUCCCGAGGUGUCUGUGUCUCCCUUGUUGCUGCUCCUUAUAUUUACGGCUUUGCAAAUGGUCUUGCGCAGACCAUCCUGAUGCUCCGCCUCUCCUUCUGUGGACCCAAGGAAAUCAACCACUUUUACUGUGCGGACCCACCGCUGGUAGUCCUGGCCUGCUCAGACACUUAUGUCAAAGAGACUUCCAUGCUCAUUGAAAACUACACAGAAGUGACUGAGUUUAUUCUCCUGGGACUGACAGAUCAAGCUGAGUUGCAGCCUUUCCUUUUUGUGGUCUUCCUAGUCAUCUACCUGAUCACAGUCUUCUGCAAUGUGAGCAUGAUUUUGUUAAUCAGAACUGACUCAAAGCUUCAGACUCCAAUGUACUUCUUCCUCAGCCACCUCUCCUUUGUAGAUCUCUGUUCUGCCACCACUGUCACUCCUCAGAUGCUGGUUCAUUUCUUAUCUGAGAGAAAAACUAUUUCCCGCCUUGGUUGCUUUAUACAGUUUGACUUUUCCAUGUCCUUGGGGAUCACAGGUGGCUAUAUUCUCACAGUGAUGGCCUAUGACCGCUACCUGGCCAUUGGCAAACCCCUGUUAUAUGGCAGCAAGAUGUCCCGAGGUGUCUGUGUCUCCCUUGUUGCUGCUCCUUAUAUUUACGGCUUUGCAAAUGGUCUUGCGCAGACCAUCCUGAUGCUCCGCCUCUCCUUCUGUGGACCCAAGGAAAUCAACCACUUUUACUGUGCGGACCCACCGCUGGUAGUCCUGGCCUGCUCAGACACUUAUGUCAAAGAGACUGCCAUGUUCGUGGUGGCUGGUUCCAAUCUCACGUGUUCUCUCACCAUCAUCCUCAUCUCCUACAUUUUCAUCUUUAGAGCCAUUCUGCGUAUCAGCUCUGCAGAAGGGAAGCGCAAAGCCUUCUCCACCUGUGGGUCUCAUCUCACAGCUGUCUUUGUAUCUUAUGGGACACGGUUUUGCCUGUAUGUGAGGCCCCCUUCUGAGACCUCUGUAGAACAGGGUAAAAUUAUAGCUGUUUUUGCUGUUUUUGUCAGUCCUAUGCUAAACCCUUUCAUCUAUAGCCUUCGGAACAAAGAUGUUAAAAGGGUAAUAAAGAAAGUGAUUCAAGAGAAAUUGUUUUUCAAUUCGGGUACACAUUUGAUCAAUGGUAUGUAA